AUGAAUACACUGACAUCUGCCUGUUCCUCUAAAAGACUGCUGUUUGGGACUCUGUACCCGGCCUACGCCUCCUACAAGGCUGUGAGGACCAAAAACGUCAAGGAAUAUGUAAAAUGGAUGAUGUACUGGAUAGUCUUUGCAUUGUUCUGCUCCAUAGAAACAUUCUCUGAUGUCUUUCUUUCAUGGCUACCAUUUUAUUAUGAGCUGAAGAUCAUCUUUGUACUAUGGAUGCUGUCUCCUAUGACUAAAGGUUCCAGUUUCCUCUUCAAAAAGUUUGUUCAUCCUCAAUUGGCACGCAGAGAAAAGGACAUAGAUGAAAUGAUAGAGCAGGCAAGCCGCCAAGGCUACUCCACCCUGCUCUCUCUGGGCACCAAAGGCCUCAGCUAUGCCUCUCAAGUGGUCAUGCGCACAGCCAUCAUGGGCCAGUCUAAGCUGGUGGAUCACCUGCGGCGCAGCUACAGCACCAGCGACCUGUCUGAUGAUGGGACGGGCCUGGCACAACGACACCGGGCUCUAGGGGAUGAGGCUGACGGGGCCGGGGAGGACGAGCUGGACAACAGACUUAUAGAAGACAACGCAGAAUUAGACAGACGCCAGAAAGCCAGCGUAGGAAAGAGCAAGAGUUCUGCAGGAGGUUUGAUUCUGACUAGUGUGAAGGAAGAAGAGGGUGAGGAUGAUGAAAGUGUGAUCACGGAGACCUUCACCAUCCCUUCCAGCACACGGCGACACUACUCUAUGAGAGAGACGAAGCAGAUCAACACAUAUGGGACAGUACCACGGUCACGAGUGAAGACACGAGCAACGACUAGGAAGUCAAUUAUCCCCCCGUGAUCGACCAGCCUUGUCAAGUCCAAGAUCUUUCGAUUUGUACAUACACUGACACAGUUCUUGUUGUCGCCUGUGUGGUAGACCCCCUCCUUCACAGCUGACAGAACUUUAACAUGUAAUUGAUCACUGGUCAGAUUUUGUUUCGCUACGUUGAUGGGGGCAUAACAUUUUUUGUGACUUGAUUUUCUUGAGUUGUGCACUGAAGGAUAAAUUGUCUCUUUCUUUCAAAUGAACCUAAUGAGAUUGUUUGCUUCUUACUCUUUCGAUUUGCACACCAUUUCUUUUUAACUCUUUCGUUCUCUGAUUUUGCAUGAAUGAUAAAAUACUGAGUGAAUACAUUUUUUGCACUUAUUGAAUUAAAAUAUCAAAUGUGGAGUUGAAAUGACUGGUAAUUUUUUGCACGUUUGUAAUAUUAAUACUGUGAACCUACAACAUAAUUGUGUCAUCAACAUUUGAUUUUUCAUUAAGUCAAUAAGAUUAUUUGAACGUCUAAAGUAGAAAAAGUAGAUGUAGUCUGUUAUCUUUCAGAAAAAGACGAACAAAAUUUGAAGGUUUCAUACAUGUCCUCACAGUCUCAGUUUAAGCCGUACUCCCUAUUAUUUUGAAAAAUGUGUACAAUGGUAUUUAAGCAUUCCUUAGUUUUGUGCUCAGAUCAAUUCUCUCAUGGAAUUCAUUCAUUCAAAUUGUUCACAGCAGAAGUUUGAGAAAAGUUGGCUCAUUUGAGUAGCUUCUUUUUUAAAUUGAAUGUGUCUGGCAAGAAGCAGCCUUAAAACGCUGUUCUGUGUGCUGAUAUGCCAAAGACCAAUGUUUGCCUCAACUUAUUAGUGUCACCAGGAAUCUCAUAUUUGGGUGUACUUCCUUGAUCAAGAACAUUUGAAGUGGUGAAAGAUUUGUUGGCUUUAGUUUUGUCAAUGUUAUGGAUAUCCUUCUAUGUUCCAAGUACUGUUGCCUUUUGUAGUCAAGAAUAUAUUGUUCAACCUGGAGAUGAGCUUGGGUGCCAGUUUUAGUCACAUACUUUAUGUAUUGUGAUGUGCUUGUUUUUAAGUGUCUAUGCAGUUACUUUUUUAUGAGAUUUUUCCUGAGCCCAUGAUACAAUUUUCGUGAAAGUGUUCGCUGUUCCCUACUAUCGCCAUCAGGCGAUGGGUUUUGCCUCUCUAGUGUUGUUUAUGCUGUCUUGUCUUUUCCCUUUGCUUUUUGAGCAGCAUUUCUGCAACAGUUCCUUUAUUUACUCUAUGGAAGAAGAUCUGUGCAAGACACAAAGAAAUUUUUAUUAUUCAAGAGGAUGUGAUAAUUUACUUUUCAUUUCUCCUUUUUUUCUUUUGUUUUCAUCGUGUAAAUAUUUAUCUUAUCAGGAUUUUUCGAAAGUUUGUCUCGGUUUACUUCCUUUACCCAGUAUAUAUGCAUAUUUUUCUGUUCAAAGAGAGAAAAAUUUGACGUACAGAAUUGAUCUGUACAUACUGCACUUGAACAAGAUUUUUAUCUGUGGAAAUGUUUCGAUUUGUCACUUCAUUGAGGUUUUAAAAAUUCAAUAAUGUUCAUUUAAGAUACAUAGACCUCUAAACAUAUUGGUCUAUAUGGCACAGUAAAGAACACACCUUCUACACCCUCAACAUGAUAGUGUUGUUCCAUGCCGUUGAUUUUCUCCACUGCUAGAGAGUUAUAAAGUAUAGGACAGGAAAAGUUCAAGGAUUUUCAUUAUGUAGUCGAAAUGAAGCAAGAUUGAAGACAUAUCCAGUGUCCCAAUGCUCCCAACCCCCACCCUGCAAGAACGCUAUCAGCAUUACUGCUAUUCAAUCACAUUGGUUAUUACUUUCAUGUUUUUCGGCUGUUUUCACGUGCACAAACUCUCCCCGCUUUUGGAAAAGUUUUGAUCAGGAAGUGAGUGUGAAAAUUGAUUGAUACAGUAGUCUCCGCCUACGAUCCCUGCGCUUUAGAGAAAAAAAAUGUAUGGUCUUAGGCGAACAGGAUCUUGAGCGAAUCAUCAGGUGGAAGAAUCCACGGUGAUUCAUGGUCAGGCCUACAAUUGGUGAAAUGACCGCCCUUUACUUUGAAAUGACAUUUACUGAAAUGACCACGGGGUGGGCUUAUAACAUGGCAAGCAAAGGGUGGUUAACCUUGAUGAUUAAUCGCAAUGGUUCCUUCUUAUUUGUUGAGGCAUGCCAUUUUCUCUAAUUCAACAUUGAGUGUCCUGAUCUAAGUCAAUCUCAUUACUCCGCCCUUUCACCUGUCCAGAAUUCAUAGUUUUCCUUCUCUGAGUUCCUCACCAGUGUACCAAUUCAUGGAGAUUACUACAGAGAUGUGAUUGCAUUAAAGAAAGUGAAGCAACGGGCAGCACAACAAUGUCAAAUUUUCGCUGCUUCAUUGAUUAGCUGCAUGUGCGUGGGAAUAGGUUCAGUAAAUAUUUAUCUAAAAUGCAGGAUCUCGGCCAAAUAUAGCCUUUCAGACCGGUAUCUUAGGGAUGAUUUUUGUGUAGUAAAAAUUCUGUUCUCUAAGAACAGGAGGAUCUUUACUCUUUAAACCCCGUUGGACACUGGGAGCGUCCAAUAGUAGUGACAACUGUUUCGUUUUGUUUAGUGCUCGUUUUUGCUUGUUUUUUCGGGACUAUUCCCGAACCAGGUUUAUUAGUAAUGACUAAGCCUUUGUCUCCACCGUUUAGAAGUUGGAAUCAAGCUUUUGGGAUUAUAAUGGGUAACGGUGGUAAAAACUCUAAGAGUUAAGCGAAUCGGAACCCUAAAUGUGGGAUGGUAGUAUUGGUAGGCAGAGACUACUGUAUUUUGCUUGCUUGUGUCUGUGUCACUCUAAGAAUGAGGAUGUCUUAGAGGAAAAACCCCACAAGCCUUUUGUAUGAUUUUGUACCAUUGCAAAAACAUUCCAGGGUUUUCUUUUUACUGUUUUUUAAUUUCCUUCACAACUUUCCCUUUAUUUGAUUUAUGGGUAUUUUUUUUAGUUAACACACAUAUAGCUAUAUCUACUAUCAGAUUGUUUGCAGAUGAAAUACUUAAAAUAGAUACUGGUAUUGCAGUUUUCUAUUGCUAACUACCAUAAGAGAUAUUAAUCACAUUCUGCAGUCAUUUAACCUUGGUUUAUUUAAGUCCCAUAGAAAGCUCAUAAAAGAUUUUUUCUGAAUAGUGUUUCUAAUUUCACAAAUUCGUAGGUUUUGAAUUGCACAAAUUCUUAAGUUUUGAAAUUUUGUGUUCUGACAGACUAUAACAGUGGUAGUAAAUGUGUGUUAAAAAUCCCUCGUCACACCCUUGUGUCUGUAACCUUUACUUAAUGUGAAUAAGAGAAACGGUUGGAAGUCCUCCUGUUUGCUUGCUAGAAUAUUCUUGCUCAAGUUUUCUGACGCACCCUGAUUGAUUAUGUCUACUCUGAUGCAUGAAUUCAUUUUGCUUGUGCAUAGCUUGAGAUCUAUAACCACACAAAUCAGUAUUGUUCUCUGCGCAUAUAUCCUUUGCCUGUUUCAAUGUUUGAAGGCCUGCUGUUUCCACAUGUUUUGCUUAUGUUAUAUGAGGGGGGCUGAGUUUGGACUGAGAGAUGGGUUUUGUAGUGUCUUGGAAUUUCCUAGCUGCUUUUACUUUGUAUAUAUGAAAUGUUUGAAAUUUCUUCUUUUUUUUUUUUUUCUCCCCCCCCCCCCCCCCCCCCCCCCCAUCUUUUUGGGGUUUUUUUAAAAGUUGCCUGUUUCAGUUGGAUUCAUCUUGAAGUUUCCCUGACCGAUAAGUCAGGCAUUCAGUAGAGCUAAGAUGUCAGAGUUAUAUAUUUCUUUAUUAUGCUAUUAUGCAACAAGACUGCACUGUCUGUUAGAUGGUGAUUCUAGACAAGCUUUGGAAAUAUAGAGCCAGCUGUGCAGCAGUGAGUUUAGAAAUCUAUCUCAACAUAUCAAGAGACUUUUUUUUACUUUUGUAGUGACAAUGACAAAUCUGAGACAAAGCUCAGGAAAAGUAACAGUAACUCUGAAGAGCUCUUAGAGACUUGCAUGGACAGUGAAUUAAUUUAGUUGCCUCCCUUUUCCAGCCUUUCUUGCAUACAUUGCACAACAGGAAUAGAAAACGUUUUGAUUCACAAUUAUUUACAAAUGUAUUUGUUGUCAUGGAAUCAUUUUAGUCUAGCUUAGAUCUGAGGCUGAUGCCAGUAUUUUACUUUUUCAGGAUCUCAGAAAAAAAAAA